GGUUGCCGGCGGGCGAGCAUUCGACGGUGAGGCGCGGAGGUGGUGGUACGCGCCAGUUCGCUCCGAUAGCAGAGCAUCUGAGGUGUCCCAGCAGCCAUGUCGCGUGGAGAGCGGUACGGAGACGGGCCGGAGGUGCCCCCCAAUGUGGUCAGCGACUGUGCGCCGCCGACCCGCGGCGCCACGUCGCGUACUGCGCGCCACUUUGAUUUUCACGCCAAGCACGCCGGCGACUACGCCAAGUCCAUUGUGGACAGCGGACUGGACUCGGGCUACCUGUCGCAGACGUGCCUGACGGACGAGGGCCUCUCGCAGCGCUCGCUGGCGAGUGGGCCGCUCGAGCCGCCGCGCUGCCCCAAGGAGGCGACAUCGCGCCUGCUCGACAGUGGCGUGGACUUGGGUGAGCGGCUGGGCAGCGAGCUCAGCCAGCUGCGUGUGGACGAGACCCGGCUGAACGAGGCGGAGCGCGCGCGCUGGCAGGCGCGCUAUGUGGACACGCUGACCGAGGCCUACCGCGGCGACGAGGACGGAGACACACACCUUCACCUGGCCAUCAUCUACGAUUUCCGGAAGGUGGCGGAGUGGCUGAUCCGCCUGGUGCCCCAGCCCAACUUCCUCAACCUUCGGAACACCUACAUGCAGACGCCGCUGCACCUGGCCGUGCUGACUGGCGACGCGUCGCUGUGUCGACACCUGCUGGUGGCCGGCGCCGACCUGAGCCUGCGCGACCGACACGGCAACACGCCGCUGCACCUGGCCUGCGAGCGGGCCAACCGCGCGUGCGUGCACGCGCUCACCGAGCCGGUGACGGCCGAGGAGACGCGCCAGGCGGCCACGCGCUACACCUGCCAGCCGGCGCCGGCCGCCGCCGAUCAGCUCGACGAGUGGAACUACCAGGGCCUGAGCUGUCUACAUCUGGCCGUCCUGUCCCGGGACCUGGAGAUCACGGCCCACCUCAUGUGUCACGGCGCCAACGUCAAUGUCGUGGAGGGCAAGAGCGGCCGUACGCCGCUGCUGCUCGCCGCCGAGGUGGGUAACAUCGAGAUGCUGCGCUUCCUGGCCGAGGCGUGCAGCGCCGACGUCAACGCCGUCACCUACGGCGGCCUCUCCGCCUACCAGCUGGCGCUGCUGAACGCGCGCCUGGACGUGGCCGAGCUGCUGCUGCUGCUGGGCGCCGGCCGGCGGGAGCUGCCCGAGUCCGACAUGGACGUCUCGUCCGACUCCGACCCGGAGACUCUGUUGGUAGCCGAAGACAUCUACAGCGACAUUCGGUUACGAGGCCAGCCUUUGGUGAAGGCGCAGUGAGCGUCCCGCCGCACCAGGCUUGCCGCGUUUGGAGCAGCUGGCUGUGUCACUGACCGUUGUGUGGCCGGCGCGCGUGACGUUGUCACGCCGUGAUGUCACGCCGUGAUGUCACGCCGUGGUGUCACGCCGAACUCGUGCGCGAAGCACACCGACCUCGCGUCUCGCGUCGCGUGAAUGGUAUUUAUGAGCGCGUGCCGUGAGAGCGUGGAGCGAUCCGUGUUGUGGAAACUGACGAAGAUAAAUCAAUAUAGGCGUGUUGUCACUGUACAUAUUCAUCAUCCUUUCGCGCGUGUAAAUAUCAUUGACGUUGGUUGGACCUGUUGUGUUGGAAGUAGAUGCAUAUGUAUGAGUAGACACCGUAAUACAUGUAAUACAUGUGAUAUGUUA